AUGCGGAGGCUGCUGUCCGUCGAUAUCCCGCUCCAUUCUCCACUCAUCAGUAAACAGGAUCCCAAGAUACUUUCACCCCUCCACUUCAGGCAGGGACUCUCCUCCAACCAGUCCACGUGGCACCAGGACACCAUAGGUCGGAGAUUGAUGAUUGACUUUGUAUUCAUAUCCUCAGACUGUCUGCCGCAUAUCUUGGACACUUUGGUUGAGUUGGACACGCUGGAAGAGGAGGAAGUCGGAUACUUUGGGCAGGCCCAGCUGAGCAGUGGGGGUCCGCAGGGAAUGCUGACUAAUCUGGCGUUAUUCCUGGGGAUUACCUCAGAGGUUUCCACAGCUGUCACUCACAUGUUCAGCUUGUUCUUAAAUAUCAAAGGAUUUGUUGGAGCAGACUCCAGACCACCUCUUCCAUAUCCCACCAUUGAUGGACUGGAAGGUUGUGGAAACAGUGGUUUGAGUGGAGACAUAUAUAAUGCCGGCUACCAUGCAAUCACCAACAUAGAUUAUUCCUCAGUUUGCAUUGGCCUUAUGAGUGCCAGGUACAGCAGCCAUCCCGGUAUGACAUGGCACCAGAUGGACGUUCGCCAACUCUCCUUCCCGGAUGCCUCCUUCGACGUUAUCCUUGAGAAGGCAACGCUGGAUGCCAUCAUGGUAGAGGAGAAGUCACCAUGGGAGGUCACUCCUGAAACUUUGUGUUUCAUUCAUCAAGCUCUCACAGAGAUAAGUCGCUGCCUGAGACCCGGAGGCCGCUUUGUCUCCAUUACAUUCGCUCAGCCUUUCUUCAGGAAACGCCUCUAUGCCCGCACCGAGUACAACUGGUCGGUCAGACAUGACAGCUACGGAGAAGGCUUUGAAUAUUUUGUGUAUGUAAUGACCAAAGGGGAGCAGCUCAGCCCUGAAGAUGCAGCUCUGGAAAAUAAGCUUCUGGAGGAAUUUAAAUCGCAGCCCACCAGCAUUCCCACCCACCAAGAUGAAGAUGAUAACGACUUCCUUUCCAACAUAAACUUGUGAUCGCGCUGGAAUGUAGACUUUCAUUUCAGGAAUAUGUCAGCCUUUUGAAGCAGAAGCUAAAUCCAAGUGACAGACUUUUUUAAAUCAUCAAAACAAUUUUAUCUCUUUUUUUAUUACUAUUGUAAUGUUUUAAUGCUUUUGUGAACUUUUAUAUGUAUGAUUGCUGCAAAAAAAAUUUUUAACUUUAGAAUUUCAUAUAAUUGUCGUCUGGACCUGCAUUUAAUAACAAUCUGAAUUUUUUAAAGAAUUUGUUUUUGAACAAAAUCCCUUAAGCAUAACUUCUUUUUUCUGCUGACAUUAAUUAGCAACAAAAAAUAAAGUCUAACAACAUGUGAACCAAGAGGCUACAUUACAGAUAUUUUUUUAAAUAAGGGUUAAUAAAAACUUGACACACCUUAACCAAACAACAUAAAGAUUAUGAGAAACAGAUCAGGAUCAACAUGGAUCAUAAAACUGCUGAACUAGUGAUGGGAUUGCAUAUUACAAACAAUAUCUUAGCUGUUUUGAUUAAUGGAUGUUACAUUUUUACUUACUUUACAAACUAGUAGUGUUCUAGUCAAGACCACACCAACUGAGACCAAGGAGUGGAGAGACAAGGCCAAGUACAUUAGAGGCCGAGACCAAGACAGGACGCCUCUCAGUAGGCUUCUAAAUGUCUUAUUCUGAUGUACAAAAAGCAACAAACUAAUGUGACUGUAGAACAUACAUGUAGAACUGUAUUGCAGAUCUCUGCCUAGGUCCCCCUUGAAAAUGAGAUCCAGAUCUCAACAGGGUUUACCUGGCUAAAUAAAGGCAAUAAAAAAAGUAAAUAAAAAA